AUGCCGGCGGCAAUCCCCCCACUACCCCUGGCAGCAGUAGCAACAACAGCAGCAGCAGCAGCUGCUGCUGCUGCACCCUCAACGGCCGCCGCAGCGUCUCCAUCCACGCGCCUGCCCCAAAAGCAACAGAAGCAGCAGCAGCAGCAGCAGCAGCAGCUGACCAUCUUUUCGUUUUUGAAUGAGAGCAACGUGGCCGGAAGGCACGUGCUGCGCGCUGCUCCAGACACAAAAGGAAAAGCCGCAAAGAGCAGCAACAAAACGAAAGUUGCUGCUGCUGAAAAGCCGUUGAUUCGCGCCGUGGAGAGUUGCUGCUACAAAUAUGAGCUGCUGCGGUUGCUGCUGCUGCUGCUGCGUGCCGAGCUGUAUUUGCCUCGGAAACUCGCGUGCUCUCUGCUGCAGCUGCCGCUGCAACUGCGGCGCUGCGGCGCUGUUGGCUGCCCAGCGGCUGCUGCUGCAGCAGUUGUGCCUGCUGCUGCAGCAAGGCAGCAGCAAGAGCCUUCGCUGCUACUGCGCGGGAGGUUUGCUUCGUGCUGCAGCGCUUCACACACUGGGGCAGCAGCAGCGACGGCAGCAGCAGCAAUAGAGCAAACUGCGCGCUUUGUCUCAAAAUUGGGCAGAAUUUGA